AUGAUUGGAAGUAUGUUGUAUCUCACUGCUAGUAGACCAGAUAUUGCUUUUUCAGUUGGAGUUUGUGUUAGGUAUCAAGCUGCACCUAAAGAGAGUCAUCUCAUUCAAGUCAAGAGGAUCAUCAAGUAUAUCAGUGGAACUAUUGACUAUGAUUGGGUAGAAAGUGCAUAUGACAGAAAAAGCACUUCUGGAGGAUGUUUCUUUCUAGGGAAUAACCUUAUAUCUUGGUUCAGCAAGAAGCAAAAUUUUGUCUCAUUAUCUACUGCUGAAGCUGAAUAUUUAACUGCUGGAAGUGGAUUGAAUCAAGAAAGGGAUAGUGCUCUUGAGAACCUUGCAAAUGUUGCUACUGGCAUAGAUGUUGAGCAAAAUGUCGAACCCCAAGAAGAUUAUUUUUCCUCCUCUGGUUCUGAAGACAAAUCUCAGGCCUCAGAUGAAGAGAAGAAAGAUGACAUUGAUGUAGAGAAGACUGAUUCUUCCAAUGAGAAUACUCCUUGUGUGGAGGUCCCCAUUCAGAAGACACCUGAACCCUUAUCCAAGAAGGGUAAGGAGAAAGUGAUAAUUGGUUAUGAAGAAGAGGAUUCUGAUGAUGAAUUGCUGAUCAAGGAUAUUGAAAGCAAGAAGAUUGUUGUUUAUGCAAGCAAGAAUGUUCCAGACAUCUCUACCACUGCCAAAAAUAGAGUCAAGGGGAAGAAAAUUCCUUUGAACAUUCCUAAUGCCCCAAAGGAUAAUGUGUCCUUCCACUCUGCAGAAUUUGCUAUGAGGUGGAAAUUUGUCUUUCAUAGAAGGAUUGUUUUUCAAAGGGAGUUGAGUGAAGAAGCCUUGAGUUAUACAGAGAUCAUUGGUCUUCUUGAACAGGCUGGUUUGAUGAAGACUGUUAAAGGGCUGGAUAAGUGUUUUAUUCAGUUGAUAAGGGAGUUCAUUGUGAACAUUCACUCUAAUUGUGAUAAUGAGGAUAUUAUUGAGUACAUAAAAGUUUUUGUGAGGGGAAAGGGUGCAGACUUCUCUCUUGAAGUGAUUAACACUUAUUUGGGCAGAAGCCCUGAUGUUGUGACUGAGCAGGAGCUUGACUUGGAUAGGGUUGCUAACACCCUCACUGGAAAAUCGAUCAAGAAGUGGCCAAAGAAAGGGUUGUUACCCUAUGGGAAGUUGACUGCCAAGUAUGCUGUGCUGUACAAAAUAGUCACUGAAAACUGGAUGGCUACCCAACAUUUGUCUGGAGUGACUCCUCCACUGGCCAUAAUUCUCUAUUUGAUUAGAACAGGAGGUGAUUUUGAUUUUGGAAAUUUUGUCUAUGAGCAGACUCUCAAGCUUGCUGGAUCUUUUGCUGUAAAGCUGCCUAUUCUGUUUCCAUGUCUCUUAUCUAGACUGAUUGUGCAUCAAUAUCCUAACAUUGUGAGGGCUGAAGAACCUCUAGGUAAGAAACCUCUGCCUCUCAUGUUUGAUUAUCGUUUGUCUGUUGGGACACGUGUUCCAGACAUUAUGUUGUCUGCUGCAAAAGGGACUCUCAAAUCCAGUGGCACUAAGGCACAUGGGUCAAGCAAGGAGGAUGUUUGGACUGAAUUAUAG